AUGGGUGAUAGUAUAAAGAAGUCUUAUUUUGUGAUAUUUUUUGUCCUGAUUUGUUUUCCAGUUACCAGUAGUACUAAUACAAGUACAGUAUGUUAUGGAUCACCUAGUCUAUCAUGUACAACUCACCGACUAUCUUGUACCAGUCCUCUAGUAAUACAGAUAAUAAAUACAUCAUAUGGAAAUAGACCAGGUUGUAAUAAUAUAAAUGGUCGGGCUACUUGUAUAAAUACAUCAUGUUGUAAUGAAGAACUGGGUGAUUGUUUUAUACCAUUUUCAUCUGAUGAUCAUCAACAAGUAACAGUAAAUUGUAGUGGAGUAGAUACUUGUUCUAUAGGAGGAUUUCGUAGAUAUAAUAUAACUGAUACUGGUUUAAAGACUAUUGCUCCAACUACAGAAAUGACCCCAUCUGAGACAAUGGAAGAGAAAACCUAUACAGCACAAACUUCUACAAAAUCAUCAGGAUCUGCAUCUUCUACAACGCAAAGUGAUAAUUCAGGUAUUGUUGGUGGAGUGUUGGGUACAUUAUUGAUCAUAUCUGUUAUUAUCAAUGUUGGUUUGAUUGUAUAUUUUACAAGAAAAAUGAAAUCCUUGUCAUCUACACCAAGAGAAAAUAAUUAUGAUGGUAUAACUAAUACAGGACGAGAUCAAACAUUACCAACUUAUGAUGAUUUACAAGUUAAUUCUACUGCUAGUUCUGAUCAUGUUAACAAGACUAAAUCAAAUAGUAGACAUACUUAUUAUAAUACAAAAGGAGAAUCUUUAUCACGUAAUAUUGAUCCCUAUUAUGAGAAUAUGAAAAGGCCUUAAUCAUAUCCAAUACUAGUCUCCCACGGUAACUAAUUACUGGUUUUAGUGGCCGAUAAAGACGAAUAUAGCUAAUAAAUUUAUUGCAAGUAAUGGACCGAAAUAUUUGAAUGUAUUGAUAAUUGAUAAAUCGAAAAGAAACGCCAUGUGGAUGUAUCUUAUUAUACACAUCUUUAUCUUAAAUGCCUAUAUGUAUAGACAAUGUAAAAUGGCGAUCCAAGUUAAAAUAGUUGAAUCUGAAAACUGAAUUAAUAUAAGAAGUAUUAGAACAUGGGUGAAAAUAUAAAGAGAUUGAAGGUUAAUUUUGUGAUAUUUUUUGUCCUGAUAUGUAUUCCAGUUUGUGCUAGUACUAAUACAAGUACAGUAUGUUAUGGAUCACCUGGUCUAUCAUGUGCAACUCACAGACUAUCUUGUACCAGUCCUCUAGUGAUACAGAUACUAAAUACAUCAUAUGGAUAUAGAUCAGAAUGUAAUGAUAAAUAUGGUCUUACUAACUGUGUAAAUACAACAUGUUGUAAAGAAGAACCUGGUGAUUGUAUGGUACAAUUAUCUUCUGAAGACCGACGAAUAUCAGGAAAUUGCAAUGGAAUACAUUUCUGUGAUGUACAAGGAGUUCGUAGAUAUAUUAAAAAUGAUACUAUAUGUAAUGGUAUAAGUUCUUACAGCAAAAUACAAUAUGAUUGUGUUCCAAAAGUUGUAACGACUAACGCUCGAAAAACAGAAAAGAGAACAACAGAGGCGAAGCAAGCAGAGGAGAGUACUUCCGAUACACAAUAUAUCACAUCUACUGCUUCUACUACAAAAUAUCGAACUAUAUCUACUGUAUCGACUUCUUCUACUACAAAAGAUUCCAAAGAUCGGACUGUAUCUUCUUCUUUUACUUCAAAAGAUUCCACAGAUCGGAAAGUAUCUACUACACAAAGCUCACAGUGGCCCGUGGCACAAAAUGAGGCUUCAGGUAUUGUUGGUGGAGUGUUGAAAUCCUUGUCAACUAUACCACAAGAAAAUAAUUAUGAUAGUAUAACUAAGACAGGACGAGAUCAAACAUUACCAACUUAUGAUUUUCUACAAGUUAAUUCUACUGCUAGUUCUGAUCAUGUUAACAAGACUAAAUCAGAUAGUAGUCAUACUUAUUAUAAUACAAAAGGAGAAUCUUUAACACGUAAUAUUGAUCCCUAUUAUGAGAAUAUGAAAAGGCCUUAAUCAUAUACAACUCAUUUUUGAUGAAUAUAGCAUCAUUGAAUUUAUUGCAAAUAAUGGAUAUUUUCAUAUCAUUAAAGACUUUUGAUCUUAACCGAUAAUUUAUCAUUUAGAGCAGUAAUCAGGCUCGUAGCCCGAAAAAAUGGAUCGCCUGGCUGUAAUUGGCUACAAUCAAAAAUUUAAAAAAUGUGUAUUAAAAGCUUUAAAGUUCU